AUGUAUAAAGACAAGCGGAUCCAUCUGAUCAAACUCGCCGCUGAUGGUGUGUUGAAUUCGCACGCACAAGUUGAGUCAGGACCCAUGCCGCCGUCGGGCCAUGCUCAGGCCCCCACGCAAGUGGCGCUGACGGCGGACAAUUUGGAGCAGAUCCCCGAGGCGGAGCAAUUGGCUCCUGGGAUCCGACUCGGUGAACCUAUACUUGGAGAUCGUGUCGAGGAGCUGUACGCUUCACCGAGUCUAUCGUCUACGGCCAUGCAUAUGGAUGCGAGAAGCGACUCGAUGGAUCAAACUAGCGUGCCGCCUGAGCUUGAUCCACGCACUUCUCAGUUCCGACCUGGCAUACCCAGUGCAGGCUCUGUGUUUUCCGUCGCAGUCCAGCCAGGCUCUCCUAAAAGCGUCACCUUUGACGACAGAGUGCACGAUACGUCUCAUGUCCCCUCACAUGGGAGUGAGAGCGUGUUCUCUUCCAGGAGCACGACACCAGCGCACUCUACUGGGCUUCCAUCCGGAAGCAACAGUCGCGCUGAUUCUAUCAGUGUGACACACUCUGAUAUGAGCAACAUGCCUAGUGAUACCCAUGCCAUGAACACGGAUACACGCGAGAAAAACAGCGCCACAGAGCUGCAACAUCCCCGGGAGCGUGUGGGCGAUGAGCUCAACAACCCUCCCCUAUCCCGACGUCAAGGCUCUGUGAACCAGCCGCAUCGUACACUAAGUACAUGCACCACGGUCGGAUCGUCGCCUGCUGCGUCGGUCAUGGAUGGCGACAAGGAAGUCCCAUCUUCUCCUAUACCAAAGAGCUCGUAG